AUGGCUAAUCUUAUUCCGAGAUUAGAAUCGAUACAAAAUGCGCAGAACUCAAAGUUAUCCACAAAUGCAGAGGAUGACCAAUCAACAAACAAGGCUCCCCAGAGCUCUGUCACCUUCAUCUAUGAAGCCAAAAUAGCCGAUUUGAUCCGAAACGUGACGGUGACGUGGAGCAAGAAUGUGGGGAACUAUUCCCUGGUCAUAAGCGUCGAAAACCCGAGCAGCGAGAACCCCUACACCUUCAAGCUGGACAUAAAAGCUUGGCAAUUCUGGGGCAAAAAAGGUCUGAAAUCAUUCGACGUGGACACAAAACGAGUGGACGUGUACUGGGACUUGAGGCAGGCGAAAUUCUCGAGCAGCCCCGUGCCGUCGUCAGACUAUUACGUGGCUGUGGUGGACGGAGAUGAGGUGAGUGUGGUGUUGGGAGACAUGAAGACGGAUGCGUACAAGAGAACCAAGAAGCAUCCUCCUGCCGACGAGCCCGUCCUGCUGUGCAAGAAAGAAAACGUGCAUGGCAAGAAACUCUUCUGCACCAAAACCAUGUGGCAGCACAACGAGAAGGAGCAUGAUCUCACCAUUGAGACGUCGCUGUCCGGCCUGGGUGACCCGGAAAUGUGGAUUAGCAUAGACGGCUUCGAAGUGGUUCACAUCAUGAAUCUGCAGUGGAGAUUUCGAGGGAACGAGAACUUGACUGUGAACGACGUUCCCGUCCAAAUAUUUUGGGACGUCCAUGAUUGGUUGUUCAAUGGGACCGGGACGGGGCAAGGGCUGUUUGUUUUCAGUCCCGGGAAUAAGCCAUCCAAAGCCGAUGAUAAUAACUCAUCACCAGAUCAGAGGCAAUCGCCUGCAGAGUUUUUCCAUGUUAUUUAUGCUUGGAAAUUUGAGUGA